CAGGGAGGGGGCAGCUCCUGAGCAGGGCUUGCUCUGCCUGUGCAGGGCACACAGCCGGGUCCAGCUCUGCCUGCUGGCACCGCCUGCGGCACCCGGAGAGCAGCAUGAGCCCCGGGAACACUGCCUCUCUCCUCCUUACCUCUGCUCCCCGUAUUUCUGAGCAUUGGAGCCGGGAAAAAGGCUCUCGGGUAUAGAGCGGCUCAUGGGGUGCAGCCUUCCAUUCCCCGCUCUGGAAAGCUGGGAGGUUUCUCCUGGCCGCGAGUAGGGGAGAACAGAAACAGUCCGCAAGCUCUGGCUCCCGUCCUCAGACAUCCCUGUGCCAGCUCCCUGCCUCCUGCUCGCUCCGGGCACUCCCAGCACCCAAAAUAGCCAAGGGGCUGCGUGUCCCGGAGCCCGGCUCCGAGUGCCUCAAGUGGGCUGGGGGAGGCGCCCAGGGAGCGGCGGAAGCUCCGCUGGGGCUGCUUGCGGCACAUCCUCCCGUGCCCCAGGGAAAGUCCGGCAGCCUCGGGUCCCACGGGAGCGGAGAGCCGAGGCGAGCCGCAGCCCGAGCCCGAGGACAGCGGUGCUCCCGUCACCACCAGCCCGCAGCGCCCCAUGGCCGCGGAGGCGCUCUCCACGUGGCCCGGCAAUGGCACUCGGGCUCCUUGCCCCGUGGAUUCCGCCUUCGCCCAGCGCUUCCUGCCCGCCGUGUACCUGACCGUGAUCCCGCUGGGGCUGCUGGGCAACGGGCUGGGGCUGUGGCACCUCUGCACGGGGCGCCGCGAGGGUGCCCGCCAGCCGCUUAGCCUGCUGGUGGCCAACCUGGGGCUGGCGGACCUGCUCUAUGUCAGCACCCUGCCCUUCCUCGUCAGCUACUACCGGCACGGCAGACAGUGGAUCUUCGGGCAGGCCUGGUGCCGCCUCACCCGCAGCUUCUUCCACCUCAACCUCUACGCCAGCAUCGGCUUCCUCACCUGCAUCAGCAUCCACCGCUACCUGGGCAUCGUGCACCCGCUGAAGGCGCGGGGCGGGUGCCAGGGUGCCGCCUCUUCAGCGUGGCUCAGCAUCACGGUCUGGGUGUGGGUCAUUGCACAGAUAGCUCCUGAUCUUGCCUUCAACAAGACGAAUGAUGCGGGGACGCAGUGCCAUGACACGACAGGGCAGGAGCACCUGGGCACUUACUUGCCCUACACUUUUACUGUCACCAUGACUGGGUUUGUCAUCCCAUUCCUCAUCAUCAUCGGGUGCUACUGCCACGUGGUGUUUGUGCUCUGCAGGAACGACAGCGUGGACUCCAGCCUCAGGAGGAGAAGCAUUGCACUAGUGGUUCUCGUCAUGGUUCUUUUUUCCAUCUGCUUCCUCCCCUACCACAUCUUCAGAAACCUCAACUUGGUUUUUCGCUGGCAACCACCAAGGUCCUGCACACAGGCUUCAAAGGAUGUCUACAUUUCCUACCAGGUGACUCGAGGCCUGGCCAGCCUCAACAGUGCUCUCAACCCCCUGCUCUAUGUGGUUACCAGCAAAGACUGGUGGUCACGAGUGAGGACCAUCCACCAAAGUGCCAGGCAGUGCCUGAGGUCAUCCUUCGGGAGCAAAACUUCUUGCCAGGCAGCUGAGAAGAAGAGUGACACCAUUCUUUGUAAUGGAAAGGCUUCUAAUGAGCUCUGACACGUGAAACCCCUGCUUCUGCAUCACCAGCUUGUGCUUGGCCUCUCCCUGGGGGCAGCCCCUCACCUUGGCACCUGCUUUGCAGAGAUGGUGACAGCAGCAUCAUGGGCUCCAUGCACACAAAGGAUGGACAGGACUGUCAGCAUCAGGGACAAAACUGGGACCAGAUUUAAAAAGCAAAACUACUCAACCCAGCCAUUUUGCCUGCAGCACGCCUGGAGAUGGAAAGAGAUGAUCACGUUUGCUCCAGUCCAAAGUAUUUCCCUCCAGCCUCUCAUGCAGCAGUCUGAGCUGGUUAACAUCCCCUCGCUUCCCAUCUCCUCUGUGACUGAGAGGUGGAUGGGAGGGAAUGGCACCUUGUCCCUUCACUGCAUCCUCUCUACUCUACUCUACAUGGGUUUGAGACAGGAUUCCUUCUUUCACCUAAGGAGAGGGGAAGAGGUUUGGAAAUGGAAAUAUUCAUUAAAAAAUGAGGUUUUAAGUACAUUACUAAGCUGUUCCAGUUCCUGGGUGACUGAACUGUUUCAGAAUCUGUGGGAUCCUCUACUGCCCACCUCCUUUGCAGAAGAAAAAGACGUUUUUGGCAUUACUCCCUUUCUUUUGGAAGAGCACAUAGCAGAGCUAACAAAAUGGGCAUUUUAAAGUUUUUGAAGGUGAUUGGUUGGAGUUUUAUUUUGGAAGGUGAAUGACUACAGUAGCCUGAACUCCUGCUUUCAGUGGGAAAAUGCCAGGAGAAUUUGCAAAUCUUCAGGUGAGUGCUUGCAUCUUGCAUCCAGCCUUGCGAAGGCGUUAGAUACGACUUGUAAAUAUUAGAUGUGCAAGUAAAAAGAGAAGCAGCACUGGUGUGAAAACUUGUGAAAGCAGGGUGUGAUAGCAAGGGCAGCUGUCUGUCAUCACCAGGGGUUGCAGAUAUCUUUGGGUUGAGCAGAGGCUUCCAAGCAGCAUUUUGGUUUUUGUUCUUUAUGUUACCCACUACAAACAGCUUGAACAUUUCAAUUCAAUAAUGUGAUUUGCAGCAACAGCAGCUUUUGGAGCCUAGCUGAAGGAAGUGGACUGAGAGUUAAAAUCAGCCCUUUCUGGGAAAGCACUUGCCCACAGACGGAUGUUGUGCUCCUUUCCUGACAUUUAUCUCUGUCAGCUGCUCCUCACACAGACCCACCUUAGCUGGGCAGUGGAGGGAGCACGGCUGUCUCUCCAUGCAGUUAAUAUGUCUACAGUGCAAAUAAACACCUCAUGCUUUCA